ACGCACUCGUCGCUCUGUACGCAUGUCUAUUGCUUCGUCUCUGAGCGGUUAGGCCUUAGUAUACUGUGUCUGCGGCGGCAGUUUUCCUCUUUAGGUUUAUUGUGUAGAAGAUAUGGCUGGUUGGGCAGGAUUUUCUGACGAGGAGGUGACGCGAAUAAAGCAGUUGAAAGAUCCUUUGAUUGUUGAGAAGCCAGAAAAAUUUGGAGGAGCACCAUCAAGAAACAAAAGUCGUCAGCAACUCCAGAGGGAAAGAGCAUUGAACCAGCAUUGUCGCAAAGAAAAUGGGCACAAGGAUGUUCCUCUUAUCCUUCCAGAACAACAACUGACCAAAGCAAAGAUGAAUCCUCCACAAGCCACAGAGUCCCCUGCACCUGAGCUGGGACCAAAGCCAGUUGUAAAAGCAGCUAAUAGACAAUUGACUGCACCUGAAGAAAGCUGUCAAAAAGAAAUGGAAGCAUCAUGUACAUUCCUGGAAUCCUCAGUUAAAGAGCUAUCAGCAGAGCAGAUCAAAGGGAUGGAAUUGCGCGAGAGAUCACGACUUGAACAGCUGCAGCUAGAGCAGCGACUAAUGGAAGAGAAGAAUAAACGCAAGAAGGCGCUUUUGUCGAAAGCCAUUGCAGAAAGGUCGAAGCAAACCAUGGCAGAAACUAUGAAACUACAGCAUAUCCAAAAAGAGCUUCAGAGUUUGGAUAACUUGUUAUCAAAUGGAGUUAAUGUCCUCCGGAAUCGGAUUGAACAGUCCAGUUUGGAAUAUUAUCAGGCUAAGAAGAGGUAUGAUAAAGCAGAAGUGGAAUAUGUUGCAGCUAAACUGGAUCUACACAAGAAGAUUGAACUGAAGGAGCAGCUGACUGAACAUUUAUGUGCCAUAAUUCAGCAGAAUGAAUUACGCAAAGCUAAGAAGCUGGAGGAGCUGAUGCGGCAAUUGGAAAUGGAGGCAGAUGAGGAACAAUUAGAGUUAGAGAUUGAAGUGGAAAACAUCUUGCAAAAGCAAGAACUACCGAAGGCAUCUAAUCAGACCAAUACAGGAAGUGAAGAAGCAGCACACCAGACAAUUCAAGAGGAGGGCAGUCAGAGUAAAAAGCAGAUUGAAAGUGAAGUGGAGAGCACUGCUACUUGCAACACAGGCAGAGAUAAUUCAGAGGACCCAUCUCAAAUUCAAGAAACUGAGAAAUUGAAUCCUCAAGCUCCAGAGAAAAUCCAAACAGUUGCUAGAACUUGAAUGAGUUUUAAGGUGUUCCAAAAGUAAAUAUAGGUAAAAUUAAUGCCAACUUCCAUAAUAUUAUCAAUCUGCAGAAACUGAUCUCAACUUAUUUAUUUUUAAAUAUUGCUAAAUGAUCCUUUUGAUUGUAAUUUCCUAUAUUUUACCACCAGUUCAGUCUUUAGAACAAAAUUUGAAUUUUGGGUGAAAAGUAAAUCAUAUUCAAUAUAUGGGCUAGAAGGGUGACCUGAAACAUGAGACACUUCACAAAGAUUCCUUCAUUUGAUAGGUUAUUUGAUCCCACAUUUUGGUAAACUAUAAUAUGUGCAAUAUAGUUCUUCCAAACACUGUUUAUCAAAUGUAACCAGACAAAUUUUUGAGACUGGCUUGAGGACCUCUCAAUUUUAUAAAAGUUUCUUUUAAAGAAAGCAUAAAUAUACUAUUGUCAUUUAUCUCUUGAAGUGUAUUGUCAUCAAUUUAUAACAAUACUUGCAUUUUUCUUUAAAUAUUCUCACAUAAUGGCUUAUAGAAU